AUGAGAGGUGAAUUCAGUGGAUUGAAAACUUUGAUACUUAAGAGGAAUCCUAAUGCUUAUUAUGUUCAUUGUUUUGCUCAUCAGCUUCAACUAACAAUUGUUGCUGUUGCAAAAAAACAUAUCAUUGUUGGGUCUUUCUUUAAUACUAUCUCGCGCUUAUGCAAUGUGGUUGGAGGUUCAUGUAAGCGCAGGGAUAUGCUUCGAGAGAGCCAAAGAGAGAAGAUUAUUGAAGGCAUUGCAAGUGAUGAAAUUAAGACAGGAAGGGGGUUGAAUCAAGAAAUGGGGAUGAAACGACCCGGGGAUACUCGUUGGAGUUCUCAUUACGGUACUCUCAUCAACUUGAUUCACUUAUUUACUUCUAUUGUUGAUGUUCUUGAGUAUGUUGGGGCAAAUGGUAGUGAUGAUUCACAAAAAUCUGAAGCUAUGGAUUUGUUAGAUGUUAUUAGUCGAUUUGAGUUUGUCUUUGUGUUACAUCUGAUGAAGAAAAUUUUGGGAAUUACACAUGAUCUCUCUCAAGUGCUACAAAGGAAAGAACAAGAUAUUGUGAAUGCAAUGAAACUUGUUAAUGUAGCAAAAACUCGCUUGCAAGCAAUGAGAGAGAAAGAAUGGGAGAUGAUGUUAGCUGACAUUUCUAAGUUUUGUAGUAGAAAUGAGAUAGAAAUGCUAGAUAUGGAUGGUGAAUAUGCACCUCGAGGAAGAGGAAGGCGUAGAGUUGAGAAAAUGACAAAUCUCCACCAUUAUCGAGUUGAGCUAUUUUACACUGUGAUUGAUAUGCAAGCUUUAGAGUUGAAUCAACGUUUUGAUGAAGUCAACACAGAAUUGAUUUUAUGCAUGUCAUGCUUGGAUCCUAGAGACUCAUUUUCUGGAUUUGAUAUUGAAAAGCUACUUCGUCUUGCAAAGUUUUAUCCAUCUGAAUUUUCUGAAGUUGCUUUGUAUGAACUUGAAAGUCAGCUUGAGAACUUUAUUGUUGAUGUGCGCAUGGAUGAAAAGUUCUUAGGAUUAUCAGGGAUUGGAGAUCUAGCCGAGAAGAUGGUUUCUACAAGGAAACAUGAUAUUUUUCCAUUGGUGUAUUUGUUAGUUAAGUUAUCAUUGACUUUACCAGUUGCCACUGCUACCGUUGAAAGAGCCUUUUCAGCAAUGAAGAUCAUCAAGAGUGUUCUUCGCAAUCGUAUGGGAGACAAUCUUUUGAACGAUUGCUUAGUACCUUAUAUCGAAAAGGAUGUGUUUGUAAAUGUUACUAAUGAAGCUAUUAUGCAAAGGUUUCAGAGCAUGAAAAAUAGGAGAGAAAUGUUGUUAGUUGAGAAAUAA